CAAACACGCGCACACAUACACACCCUCCUCUCGCCAUGUUCGAGCCCAGAAGAAGCCAUGUGGCUGAGUGGUUAAGGGCCGCUUGGAGGAAGCGCUCGCUCCGUAGGGGAAGGGCGGCCUCCGUGCCCUGUGGACCUUCAGAAUCCAUUGGCUGGUCCUGCUAGGACAGCUCACACCCUUCCGGAAUCUUCUGGACACCCUCCCUCAGUGUGUGUGGGCUAUGGCAGCCAGCAAGCCCAAGGGGCAGAAUUCACUGGCCCUACACAAGGUGAUAAUGGUGGGGAGUGGAGGGGUGGGCAAGUCUGCCCUCACACUGCAGUUCAUGUAUGACGAGUUUGUGGAGGAUUAUGAACCAACCAAAGCAGAUAGCUACAGGAAGAAGGUGGUCCUGGAUGGGGAGGAGGUCCAGAUCGACAUCCUGGACACAGCUGGCCAGGAGGACUACGCAGCCAUUCGGGACAAUUAUUUCCGCAGCGGAGAGGGCUUCCUCUGCGUCUUCUCCAUCACCGAACCCGAGUCGUUUGCUGCCACCGCGGACUUCAGGGAGCAGAUCCUUCGGGUGAAGGAGGAUGAGAAUGUGCCGUUCCUCUUGGUGGGGAACAAGUCGGACCUGGAGGACCGUCGGCAGGUGAGCUUUGAAGAGGCAAAGUCCCGGGGCGAGCGGUGGGGCAUCACCUAUGUGGAAACUUCUGCCAAGACACGUGCCAAUGUUGACAAGGUGUUCUUUGACCUAAUGAGAGAGGUUCGCGCGAGGAAGGUGGAAGAGAGCAAAGAGAAUGGAAAGAAUAGCAAAAGCUUGUUUCGGAGGAUCCGCGAAAGAUGCUGUGUUUUAUAGUGGCUUGAGACCCCUGACCUUUCCUCUUUUCCCAAGUAUCUUGUCUGUGCUUCUCCCACUUUGUUCUCCCUCAGCAAGCCCAACACCCAGUGCUUAUGAGUGACACUUUGCAUCGUGAUUGUUGGAAGAUGCUUUAGGGAGGCGCUCAAUAUUGAUACAUUUACAAUAAUUUAUUGCCUAAUGGUGUAGUGUCUAAUUCUUCAACAUGGAUUUAAUUCGUAAUAUCAAAAAGGUGUGAAAGAUCCUAUUCCGUACGUUGAUCAGUUCUCACCUGCCAUCAUUGCGAUUCCAACUAACUGAAAUGCAACUGAACUAGAUGAGAGCAGCUUUGGAAAAAAGGACUUAAAUUGAGAGACAAAUUGGAACGAGUGACACGUGAUUUUUGUUACAGCUACCCCCCCGCCCCCA